ACAGGGAGGAGAUUCAGGCGUCUAUACUUUCCCUUUCGACAAGACCCAAUGUAAAUAAUGGCGAGUGACAAGUAGUUAAAAUUUCGUGUUUUUUGCUAAUAUCUUCGCUUCUCUUCCUCCCGACAUUGUGAGGACGUGCCAGGUGAGAGCGCACGCACACACGCAUGCACGCAAACCCACGCACACGCACACACGCGCAAUUAAGAGAUAUAAUGAGAAAUAUGGCGUGGGCGAUAGUUACCAGACCCUAGCGGCGGCGGCGGCGGCGGCGGCGGGUGUUGCUAUAAUGUCAACACCAGUCACGCCCACAGCCUCAAGGAAAAGGGCAUUUAAUCAGACGGCUGGGGUGACUGAAUCCACCAAUGAGGGGACUGGGGGCAGCUGGCUGGGGGCUCUUGGUGGGGUGGUGGGGGAGUGGCUGCAGGGGUGGGGGCUCCUGGGGGUCCUGAGAAGACGGUCGGGGGUGGGGGGUGUCCGCUCCACCCCCAACACCCCCCCCACACACAGCCAACCCACCUCCCCCUCACAUGAACAUAUUGAAUUAAGACAACUCAACUUCCAGUGUGGAGAAAAAAAGGGAGGAGGAGGAGGAGAUAGAGAGGAGAGAGGAGGAGGAGGAGGGGAGGAGGGGGUGGUGAUGCGUCGGAAGGGGCCCCGGUACCCUAACCUCCCCCAGGGGCACCUCAGACGGCCCACUAGACACUCCUAUCACGAAGGAUCUACCCCGGAAUCCUACAUUUUGACAGCUCUCUUGAUACACUCCCUCAAACACAAACCUGGUUCAAAAUGUCCUGAUUCGAACUGCCCCCUGCCCCCCCCUGGACACCCCAAGGGGACAGCGGGGCCAGGGAAAGGUGCAGGGGGUGUUGACGGAGGGGCGGAGGGAGGCUAUGUACGUUCAGUCUCCGAGUCAGAGGAAGGAGAAGCUGAAAAGUGUAUGAGACCGAAAAUUAUGUUAAGUUUGGAGGAUUAUGAUAUGUCGCCACUUUCCAGCCCCUCCAGCGCGUUCCAGUUUGCCCAGAUCAGCCCUCUGCCUAGCCCACACUCGGCAAUGACCCACGCUUCCUCCUCCACCUCCUCCUUGCUCCCUGGCCCAUCCUCCUCUUCCUUAUCCUCAUCUUACCGAACUGAAUCUGAGACAACACGACCACCAGAUUCAGACACGUCAUCUUUCUACGACGUUUCCUCGCUGACUGACGUGACUUUUGACUCGUCGGUGAUGUCGCUCAAUGCGGAGACUCUUUCCCUCUCCUCCGCUACCCUGGUCGACGCCUCCUUCCCCUCAGAAUCCCGAGAAACGUACAGCGAAUUAGAAUCAUCGACAUUUCCGAAGGUUUCACGAACGCUUCCAUCUCGGCAUCUGUUCACUCUUUACCUUCCUGUUUGACCUUCCCUGACCCGACAGUGACCUCGUACUC